CACACAUCCCGGAAGAAGAUCUACGCCUUUGUAGCGACGCAGCUCCUCCGCCUCAUGUGUGCGCUGCUGUCACUGACCUGAGUGUGUGUGUGUGUGUGUGUGGACACGGCUGGCUUCAGAGGACUGAAGGACCAACACCGCAACGGACAUGGCGACAUCCAGCUCCUGUGUUGUGAUCAGUGAUGACGAGCAGGGCUAUGACCUGGACCUUUUCUGCAUACCAAAGCACUAUGCGUCUGACCUGGAGAGGGUCUACAUCCCCCAUGGACUCAUCCAGGACAGGACAGAGAGACUGGCCAGAGAAAUCAUGAAGGAAAUGGGUGGACACCACAUUGUGGCCCUAUGUGUGCUUAAAGGGGGUUACAAGUUCUUUGCAGACCUGCUGGAUUACAUCAAGGCCCUGAACCGGAACAGCGAUCGCUCCAUCCCAAUGACAGUGGACUUUAUUCGCCUCAAGAGCUACUGUAACGACCAGUCGACAGGUGAAAUCAAAGUUAUCGGUGGAGAUGACUUAUCUACACUGACAGGCAAGAAUGUCUUGAUUGUGGAGGACAUUAUUGACACAGGGAAGACGAUGAAGACGCUAUUAGAGCUCCUCAAACAGUACAAUCCCAAAAUGGUUAAAGUAGCAAGUUUGUUGGUGAAGAGAACACCAAGAAGUGUUGGCUACAGACCAGACUAUGUAGGAUUCGAGGUCCCUGACAAGUUUGUGGUGGGAUACGCACUAGACUACAAUGAGUACUUUAGAGAUCUAAAUCAUAUCUGCGUCAUAAGUGAAACGGGGAAGGAGAAGUACAAGGCAUGAAGAGCACUUGAUAACAAUGUAACAUGGAUUGUUAUACAUUUUCUUUUUGCAGUUUAUUUUGUAUUUUAUCACUUCACAUUUGAAAAAAAAAAAAGAAAAUUACUCAGGGUCCCUGAGUAUAAACCUGUAUAUUACAGUUGCAUUUGCUGUCUUAGCUGUGAUACACAUGUAUGCUAUAUUCAACCACAAAAGGUUUUUACUCAACCACACUUAGAAUUGAUUGUUUUGAUUGAACCAUAUCUACAGUAUAUGGAACAGCAAUGGAGUCCAGCUGUGACUGAAAGUAGAAUCAUGUUUCUGUACCUCCACACAGAUUCUAAGUGAUUAAGUAAUGUAAUAAAAGCAAUGCUGCUAAGUUUAAGUACUAUAUCCCAGCUGUUUGGAUUUGACAACCUCAUAUUUCGUAAUGUAUUGCUUUUAAUUGUAAUUGUUCUUUUACCAGUGGGCAAUCAAUACUGAGACUCAAAGAAAAUGUCGCAUUCUCUUGAGGUCUCUGUUUAUAUUUUGGGGCAAAACAUUUUUCUAUUAUUUUCCAGUUAUGUGUGGCAGAAUUUUCUGAAGAUUCUAUAUGAUACAAGUGACAAAAUGAUGGUGGCUUUCCCUAUUUAAAUAUGUUGGCAUACUGAUCAUAAAAUAUCUUAUUCUUAAGAGUUAUUGAACCCUUUAUUUGAGUAACAUAAAUGACAAUUCCUUCCGUAUGCUGGAAAAUAUUUCUAGAUCUGUAAAGGUUAAAUUGAUAAUCCAGCUGAUGUAAAAAGUUAUUCAGUCACAUUAUCUGUAUGUAUCAUUAUUAGUUAUUAUUAGUGUGAUGUAAUUUGCAUUUUGAAUUAAACUAUAUUUGCUCUAAAUAAGUGGUGCUAUUACUGUCAGCCUUUGUUAACUGAGGUUUGCAAUACCAGCCAUUAAAUGUUCUCACCCCUCCUGUGA